AUGGAAAUCAAAGUUUUUCUUUCUUUAUUGAGCUGUUUAUCAUGUGGUAUAUCAGUCGCUCAAAAUCCUAAACAAAUGAUAAUCGAUUUGACGGAUAUUGAUUCAACAUAUGUGAUGAAUGGAAAUCUCAUCAACAGUCUCGAUAGUGUAAUUGUGAGUGGAGGAAAUCUCGAUGAUUUCAUUUAUGUCAUUCCAUAUUUUGUGAAACAAGAAGACACUAAUUUCUUCCUAUUCGAUGUCAACAACGUGGCGAUAUCCUCUCUCUCCUUGGUUCCCCUUCAAACUUUUCAACAACAUUGCUCGAUCGACUUCUCCAAAAACACAAAUUUCGAUUUUGCUCUCAUUUUCAAAAGAUUCCCAAAAACUGAUGAAGAUAAAGUGAAAAAUUUUGAUUUCGACACGAUUCCAUUGAGAGUGACUGAUACAAAUGAGUUAGCAGAAGCCUACACAAUGAAAGCCACCAAUCGACCCCAUCUCUACACUUCACCAAACUGUGUCGUUUCUCUUUUUGCUGGCGGUUAUCCGAGUGAUAAAGGAUCGGAAAAAUAUCGAAUCUACGAUUUUGAUGCCAAUAACUUGCCCUCAUUUUCAAAUGGUUUCAUGUCCACUUUUGGUUUCACUUUUUUCAUCCCAUCUCAAUGUGAAUUUUCGAUUCUCAUAAAUGCAAAUGGAGCUCCUCCAAAUACGGAACUCAUGUUCGCGAUGCACACAGGAAAUGAAGGAUUUUUCAUGAGUAAUGGAUAUCGACAGAUGGAUAAUUUACAGCAAAAUCAGCCUUUCAUUUACAAUCUUGGACUCUAUAAUGAUGACUGGAACCAAAAUGUGACAAAGUUUUUCUUCGAAGUGGUCGAUUUCAAUGCAGGAGAUCUAAAUGAUACCUCAUUUUUCAUCAGUUACGGCAACAAUGAUGAUGAUAUUAUGUUAGAGCAAUCGAUUAGCAAUCAGAAUUUCAGCAGUCAUACAGUCAUGGCACAGUUGAGAUACGAUGCAAUGACCGAUCAUUCAUACGUGUUUGUCCGUUACAAAACUCUUGGAGAUGGAACGGAUGAAGAACCAACUACAACUUCAGCAUCAACUACAGCUUCAGCAUCAACACCCUUUCAAACUACUCCCAAAUCCACAAAACGAUCUCAAUAUUUUGCUUUGUCAACUCUCGUGUUGUUACUUUUUUUGAAAGAC